GUGUCGUCUGCUUCAUUUGAGAAGAAGACGCGGAGGGUAGCGGAUGAUGCGAUCAUGUCUCAGACUGUAAAAGCUACAAUUUUACUAUUAACCUGUUUGGGCUUUGUCUUGCAAGCACUGGCAGUGGACAGUGACAAAUGUGUGCAAAGCUUUCUCAACGACGCCGGCGACCUUAACCCUGAGCGUUUCCAAGGUUACUGGUACGCCAGGUACUCUUACCUCCCGUACCGUCCAGGGUUCCGCGCCAUGGAUGCUCAGUCCAUCUAUGUGUACAUGCCAGGAUCCAGGCGGUGGAACAUAGCAGCGGGUUUGAGUAUCAUUGAUGGACUGUGUUACCGACGCGUUGUCAACGUCACUGUCGACAGCCCGGGUACCCGGCUGUUCAAGGAGUUUACCUAUUUCCACCACGUCGUUGCCACAGACUACGACAAUUACGCUGUGGUCCUCUUCUGCUGGGGGGUCAACCUCGCCGGCAAAUGUGAAUACGGAGACAUUCAAACCAUCGUCCUCACCCGUUCCCCUCAAGACCUUAGGAAGACUAACGUCUGGGGGAAGGUCACCGCCGACGUCGAAGACUGCGCAGACCCAUCACAGUUAACAGAUGUUCUCCAAGAAAACAUCUGCGCAUGUCGGGAUCCCGAUGAUUUCACCCUGGGGGUGGGAAGCACGUGCCCUGACAGAGUGCCAACUGUUUAAAACAUAUCCCUGUCUUUGCAUGAAUUUGUAUUAUCAUAAAUAAAGUUUU